ACUAGAUACAAUUUCGCGUCAGCUGCGUUUCAAAACACGUCAAGAAAGAACGUUUGAACCAUCUUGGUACAUUUUCUAGCUAGUUCACGAUCACGUGAAGGAGCGACGAGAUUAUACGCGUCGCUAUAGCAUCAACUGCAUAUAUGUCGAGCGAUCUCGAUCAUUGUGGACCAUAUAUUUGGUAGAUCACGAUGGAACACACCCAUCUCGCGCGUAUGCAAUCAUAAAUCGUUAUCGCCGAUACGUAUGGAUACGUAAAUUUUGUUUCAAGCGAUUGACUCAUUUUGCGUAGUGUCAAAACAGUUUGUAUGCAGUUAUCAGCUGUGCGGUCGUUAUCAGUGGCUCGACAAACUUGACAGGUCGGCAACGACAUAAAAUCUCAGCUGAGCUGAGAGGAUUUCUCGUCUUUUCAAAAGGAAUUUGUUGCGACGCGCGCUCGGCAGUAUAGUAAGCCACAAUAAAUCAAUCAAUGGUUAACCAAAUCCCUGUGCCUCAGGCGAAAUAUGAAUUACUAACUGAUAUACGACAACCGCGCUGGCGAACGCAAGUUCUUUGCCUUAUUUUGACAUUCCUGAUCGUCGGAGUUCUCUUCGUUACACGCGCUUGGUUCGGUAUACUCGUACUACGGGCUCCGAAGGCUGAUAGAUUCGUCGAAGAUCAGAUCGACAAUGCCAAGAUUACUGCGUGGCUACGUCGGGCUCGGAUGUACGCCGAGUCGACGAAGGAGAAUCAGAAUGCGGACAGGAACACAAGUGUCAACACAUCGGAGCAAUACCACCGCAAUUCAACCAGUCAGAUCAUCGUAUGCUACUAUACAAUACCGGGGGACCUGAACACGUCGGGGGAGCUCAGUCCGUCGUACAUUGACCCUCAUAUUUGUACGCAUAUUAUCGUGGGUUUUGCGAGCGUGGUGAACAGCACACUGGAUAUAGGAGACAACGAGUGGGUGUACAAGCGAAUGGUCGAUUUGAAAAAUCGCGAACCUAAAUUGAAGGUCAUGGUCAGCGCCGGCGGAAACAAUGAGCUCCAUGAUGGCUUUCCCGAGAUGGUGAAGAAUCACGCGAAUAGGAAGAAAUUUAUACAGUCAGUAUUAAAUGUAACCAAAACCUUCCAAUUGGAUGGCUUUGAUGUCGACUGGGAAUUCCCAGCGUGGUUAGGAGCUGACGAUCGUGAGAAGAUACACUUCAUGCAACUAUUGCAGGAAUUACGAAAAGAAUUCGAUCGCAGCGGACAAAAAUUAAUUCUAACGAUAGCGGUGGCAGCACCACAAGCGAUUAUAGACCAAAGUUACUUUGUUCCCGAGAUCGCAGAACACGUCGACUUUAUAAACCUGAUGUCAUAUGAUUAUCAUUUCUAUGUUUGGUAUUUCCCAGUGACGGAUUUGAAUGCUCCUUUAUUCCCCCGUUGCACAGAAACGGGCUAUUUGUCCACUUUAAACGUGAAUUUCUCUGCUCAAUACUGGAUAGCGAAGGGAAUGCCACGGGAGAAGAUCGUCGUUGGUAUACCAAAUUAUGGUCACUCUUAUAAGUUGGAUAAUCCAUUGAAUCAUGAUCUACAAGCUCCAGCUAAUGGAUUCGGGGAGCUUGGCAUAAAGGGCUUCGUGUCUUAUCCUAUAGUCUGUCAAUUUUUGAAAUCUGGAGCUGUGAAAGUCUUUAAUCAAGAAAGUCGUGUGCCAUAUGCGUUUAAAGAUAAAGAAUGGAUAUCUUAUGAUGAUAAGCAAAGUAUUUAUUACAAAAGCAUGUGGAUUCACGCUAAUGGCUUUAAGGGAGCUAUGAUUUUAUCUUUAAAUGUUGACGAUUGGAAUGGUACUUGUGUCACAAACGAAACGUUCCCAUUGACACGUACAGUCUCGAAGACAUUUCAGGAGUUGGACAAGCAACAAGUGUCGAUAGGAUUGUAAUUUCUUAAGUACACGCAAUGCCGUUGGAGGAUUCCCACCUAGUUACAAUCAAGAGCUUAAAGCGUUUUGCAUUGAAACAAUGCAUUCCACUGCAUUCCUACUAAAUAUACUAAUCGAUGAUAUAUUUAUGCUCCACCUGAGUUGCUCAAAGAUUUUCUUGUACAAAUCAGUUGCUAAGGUAUUCCAAGCACAUAGUAUUAUAUGCUGUAGAGCAUAGCACUUGUACCUGGUUAUGUCGAAUCACAAAGAUAUUUAUAUUAUAUAUAUAUACAUAUACAUAUACGCGCGUCGAAUUCUAUAUUAUGCGUAAGUGUACGCAUAUCCUGUUUCCUAUGUUAUCGUUUUCAUAUAUUUCGUGUAUAUAUAUAUAUAUAUACACACACACACACACACAUAUAUAUAUAAUAUAUAUAUAUAUAUUUCAUAUAUAUAUAUAUAUAUAAUAAUGUUUGAAAUAAUACCAUGAAUUAGAGAAUAUCAAAAGCAGCCGUUAUAAAUUACAACUGAUUUAAAUUUAAAACGUGCCAUAUAACAUAAGAUUAUAAUCAUGUAUAACAAGACCUAUCAUCUGUUUCUGAAUAAAGGGUUUCAAAUUCGUGAAUGGUCUA